GCAUUGGAGCAAAGCUAAUGCAAGUGAUGGGUUAUAAAGUUAUAUAGUAAUUUUCCACUACGGUCUUGGAACUUGUUAUCAAAUUACUUGCAGUUCUGGUUCUUAGAACUGCUGCCAUAAGACAUAAAAACAUUUGAGAAUUUCUGGGUUAUGAAAUAUGGAGGAGAAUACAGCAGUGGUAACUACAGAUGGAUCAGUCAUGCAUGCUCUGGCUCCUGAACAUUGUGACAUUGACAUUUUACACAAAGGACAGACCAUCAAUGAUUUCAUAGAAGAUAAAAUAAAAGAGCUUGGUUCAGUGGAAAGUGAAGAACCAUUUUGUGUGGCAAAUCUAGACAGUGUGUUUAAGAAGCACCUCAGGUGGCUUACUGAAUUACCUCGAGUCAAGCCUUUCUAUGCAGUGAAGUGCAACAACACAGCAGCAGUUCUGAGGAUGAUGAGUGCUCUGGACACUGGUUUCGACUGUGCUAGCAAGGGUGAGAUCCAGCUGGCCCUGUCCCUCGGAGUGACACCUGACAAAAUCAUUUACGCACACACAACCAAACCACUGUCGCACAUCAAAUAUGCCUGUGCUCAUGGAGUAGAUAUGAUGACUUUUGAUAGUGAGGAUGAACUCCUAAAAAUUUCUCUGUGUCACGCUAAAGCCAAACUUGUGCUCCGCAUUGCAGUGGAUGACUCUAAAUCACUGUUAAGACUUAACUCAAAGUUUGGAGCCAGACUUGUGUCGGUUGGUAAACUGCUGGAACGUGCUAGAGAGCUGGGCUUAGAGGUCAUUGGGGUCAGCUUUCAUGUAGGCAGCGGGUGCACUGGAAGUUUGGCAUUCAAGCAGGCCAUAGCAGAUGCCCGACGUGUCUUUGACAUAGCGAAUUUGUUGGGCUUCCAGAUGACUCUGUUGGAUAUUGGCGGAGGGUUCUCUGGGAGAGAUGACUUUCAAGUGAAAUUUGAGGAGUUUUCUGAAGUCAUUAAUGGAGCAUUGGAUGAAUUCUUCCCUCCUGACAGUGGGGUGCAGAUUAUUGCAGAACCAGGCCGAUACUAUGUGGAAUCAGCCUUCACACUGGCAGCCAAUGUCAUUGCCAAAAGAGUAAUCUUAGAUGAUACGGAUGAACGUAGCGAAGCUGAGGAAAACAGCCCUGACCGAAUGAUGAUGUACUACAUUAAUGAUGGGGUGUAUGGCUCCCUGAAUUGCCUUAUCAAUGAUGCUGCUCACACCAAAGUGGAACCAUACCUUCAAAGGGCUGUUGAGAGCAGUGAGCAGAGAUACUGCUCUGUUAUCUGGGGUCCAACCUGCGACAGCAUUGACAAAGUAACCGACAGCUGCUGGAUUCCUGAGCUGCAUGUGGGCGACUGGUUUCUCAUCGACAACAUGGGCGCUUACUCUGUUGCUUUAUCCAGUGACUUCAAUGGCUUUGAAAAAGCACACAUUUACCCUGUAAUGACAGCUGAGACAUGGCAUGCCUUACAUAGGCCAGACGAAAGUUAUGCACUAAAAUCUGUAUACAAGUCAUGUAUUUAGGCAGGCUGUGAUCAUGUGACCAAUGUGCUGAUGGGAGAAAGAAGUAAGUAGUCCAUGUGGGGUGUCAGGUUUGGCUGGCAGAUGGGUGACAAAACAAAGUUUUCCCCAUGUUCAGAACCGUGUAUUACCAACUACAUGAACCAUAAGUUACUUCAAUAUACAUCUUUUCCUAAACCUGACCUACAUAACUAUAUGUUAAAUACCUAAUGUCAUUCUAGGACACAAAUUCGUAAGAUAUCAUACAAACUGAGGACACAAUAUGAGGACACAUACUUUAAUGACAAUAGAAAGGCAAAAUAUGGGGGACACCUGAUGUGGGGAACAAGUAACUAUGAGGUUUUACAAAGGAUUGUGGGUAGCUGCAAGCAGCAGUAAUGUCUGUAUUGUGAAUUUGAGCUGAUAUUAGUGUUUUUAUUCAAAGUUCAAGAAUGCAUUAGAUGAUCUGUCUUUGCUUUGCUCAAACAUGUCAAUUUAACCUCACCCAUCCUAUUUAUUGUAUUGUUCAAUGCUCCACGGAGCAAAAGAUGGAGGACGUCAUGGUCCUCAAGAAGUACCACAGUCUCAGGAAUAGCUUAGCUAAUAAGAAUAUUCUGUUAUCAAAGCAGCAUCAUUAGUGUGAAGCAAUGAUGUUUAUUAUCAUCACUUUUUACAAAUAGAUCAGAGAACUGAAGUAUGAUUGAAAGGGUCAUUAUAACUUGGACAUUAUUUAUAAGAUAGGCCUAAAUUAACAGCUUGUCCAACCAUUUAGCUUUUAAAUGUCAGACCUUAAUUCAUCACGAUUUGAUUGAAUAAUAAAUAUGGAUAAAGUUUGAGGUGGUUUAAUGGCAUAACUAUAUUAGCUGCAAGAAGUUCUUGAGUUGUGUUCCUGAUAUCUACAGACUAAAAAACAAUAAUAAAAAUAAAGUUUAUUUGUAUAGCACUUUUCAAAACACAGUUACAACAUGCUUUACACGAAGAGGACAGAAGCACAGAAUCUCAGGCUGAAAACGGUUUACAGCAGAAAACUGGUUUAAACAGAGGUGCACAGACAUACCCAUAAGAUAUUUUCUUUAUAAUUAAUUGUCUUGUUACAUUUAUUUUGAAAAUGUAUGAUAUUUUGCUUUUGAAUAUUAAAUGUAGUCAUACAUCAUCAUCUUUAUCCUC